CACAAGCACCAUGGAACAGACGGGGCUUGAUCACGGCUCGGCGGAUGCGGCCUGCCUUGAAGGACAGCUUCCGCGCAAGAGGCAGAGGGUACCCGUGGCGUGCGGCUUGUGCAGGGCACGCAAGUCCAGAUGCGAUGGCCUGAGGCCGAAAUGCUCCAGCUGCACCACACAAGGAACCGAAUGCAGCUACGCCCAGGCCGCGGCCCUCGUGUCGAGCGCCACGGUCCCAAAGUCGUGAGUGUGCACGGCGUUGCGCGCCAACGAGAUUGGAAAGCAUGCUCAAGUUCCCGUCCGUCUAGCUACCUUGAUCGGGUCGAGGCCCGUCUUGCCAAAGUGGAGCGUGACAUCCACAAACUCAACAGCCAGUUUGCCGGCAUCUCGCUGGCCCCCGAGACUGACGCCAGUGGGCCCGAUGCGGAGUCGUGGUCUGACGUCCAGGGCUCGGCAGCUGGAGAUGAUGGGACCGGCUCCUUUCUCUCGCUGGAUGCGACCGACGGCGUCGGCACCAUCGAGUUCACCGACGAGCAGGACUUGGCGUAUUUUGGUCCAUCAUCCAACAUAGCCUUCACCCGCACCCUCCGCCGAGCACUAAGCUCGUUUAUGCGCGACAAACCAACGACUCCAGCUUCACCUCUAAGCGUUUCGAGACCCCAGUCACCCGCGCUACGGAUGGCCAAUGAUGCGUGGUUGUUUUCCAACCAGCGGCCUGCAUCCGAAUCCCACAACCUACCCCCAGAGGCCGAGAUGGUGCAGUUGAUCCGCCACUACUUUUCCGACACGGGCCUUCUCUUUCCCUUCAUCCACGAGGACGCCUUCCGAGCGACGUACAGGGCGGCUAGGGCGUCCAAUUUUCGCCGCGUCAGGCAGUCCUGGCUUAGCCUCCUGUACAUGGUGCUAGCCAUGGCAGCCACCACCAGCAACCAAGCCGACGUGGAUGGGCCCACCAGGGCUGCCCGAGCCGAAGCCUUUUUCACUCGUGCCAAAUCACUGUCUUUAAACCAGAUGAUAGCUGGCGCCAGCGUCGAGAUCAUCCAGGUCAUGCUUCUCAUGACGCAGUUCCUUCAAGGUUCUCAGCGUUCUGUCAAAACAUGGACGAUCCACGGACUCGCCGUCAAUGCUGCCUUCCAGCUUGGCCUCCAAUCCGGGGAGGCAUUGAACAAGUUCGAGCCGUUGGAAAGGGAGAUUAGACUCCGAACUUGGCACCACUGCGUCAUGUUGGAUCGAUCAUUGAGCAUGACCCUCGGUCGUCCACCCUCGAUCCCCGAGAAAUAUGUUCGCGUCCCUCUUCCUCGACAUGAUGGGCCCAUGCAGCAUUUCGUGUGGUCCGCGGAGGAGAACAGCACACUCUUUUUCAACGCCACAAUAACACUCUACCGAAUAACCCAAACUGUCAUCGGCACGCUUUACGGGUGCAACCUGGGCGAGACAGCGGUUUCCAGCACGGCCAGCACGGCCAAUGCAGCCUCGUCGACAGUGCAAAUUGAACAGAAGCUGCUCGAGUGGGAAUCCUCGCUGACACCACCACUCAAGAUUGUCAAGGUCGAGGAGCUGCUGCAAGGCGACGGCCCGGAGCUGCCCAAGAAGCUACGGGCCAUCCUUACGCUGCGUUAUCACAACCUGCGUAUCCUGGCCCACAGACCCAUGCUCGAGCGGCUGCUCGGCGUCCUUGCGCUCUCCAAUAAGGCGGACCCUCGCCAUGACACUAAUAUGCUGUGGCAGUUUGGGGCCAGGAGCAAGACAAUUUGUUUCCAGUCGGCCGAGGCCAUCAUAGGCAUCGUCGACACUGCGACGCGCUCUGCCAGCGGGCUGCUCGGUGCUUGGUGGUUCUCGCUUUAUUUCGUCUUCAAUGCCGCGCUCGCCGUCGCCGCCGUGCUUCUGUCGGAUCAAGUUGGUCAUUCUCCCGAAACCUACCCGACCUGCCCUCCGGUGUCCAUCCAAGCGGAGCGCCAGCUCCAGGUCCUCAACCAAGCCAUCGGAUGCAUGCCGCUCCUGGACAGCGGCAACCCGGUGCUGGUGGAAAAGUGCACCAAGUUCCUGUCCGGCCUUGUCUGCUGCCUGCGCCAGGGUCUCGCCGCCACGGCGGCUGGGCCGUCCCUGUCGCCGGCUGGUGCUGCCGCUGCCGCUGCCGCUGUCGGGAACCCGCCCGCAGAGGGAUUCGCCAGCGUGGAUCCCCAACUGGCUGGCCUGAAAUUCACCCCUGGCGGAAUUGACUCGGCCGACUUCCAGCUGCUAAGUUUUCUGAGCAAUGACGGCACGAGAGACUUGUUUUGGUAGAUACCUUAUUAGUGUAAACCAUUAGAAAGACGCCACGCCGUCCCGCUUUCUCACGGCCUUCUCCCAGCGUGCCUCCAUAACCUUUUCGGCAUCGUAUCCGUACGCC